AUGCUUGGAGCCAAGGAGCUUGGAAUUGCUUGGGGAGACAAUCCUCAGCACUGGUAUUGGGAACGUUACCUUGGCUCGAGGUUUGCUAAGGUGCCCGAACUUCAAUGGGUAUGCUGGCUUGAAAUCCGUGGGAAGCUCGAAACUCGAUUGCUAUCACCAAAAACCUUAAAUGCAGCUUACCUUGUGCUAAAGUUCAAUGAACCUGUUGUUUAUGGAUUUGAAUUCCAACCUAUCAAGGCCAAAGUAGAAGUCGUUGGACGAGCUGGUGGUAACAGUAGUGUGUGUAGCGAGGAGAGAUGCAUCUACUUGAGUCCCAAUGGUGGCCGGGGUCAACAUUUUGCGAGUCUUGCUCUAAAACGCGAAGAUGAGAUUCUUGGGGUUAAAGAUGAAAUUUUGGCUCAAAAGACCGAUUCCGAAGCGGAGUCAGAUGAAGAUGAAGAGGAAGGGUCUGAUGAGGAGGAAGAGUGUGAUGAGGAGGAAGAGUCUGAUGGGGAGGAAGAGUGUGAUGAGGAGGAAUAG